UUUUUUUCCUUAAAUGUAUUUCCCAAAAUUGCCACCAUUUCUGAAAUCAAAUAAUUUCUUGGUAUUUUCUAAUACUAGUAGACAGACUCUUUAUGCAUGUUUUAGUAGUAUCUUAUACAACACAAAAGGACGAAAGGGGAAAACCAAAAUAAUUAUCUGAUUCAUAACGCAAGUACCGAGAAUUUAUGAUUAUUGACCUUCUUCAUUUUAGAGCGCGUCUGACCUUCCAUUUCGUUCCACUCUAAGCAUUUUUUGCUGUAAAAAUGCAACAAUAUUGUGACAUCAUUCCACUCAUAAAUGAAGACAUAAUUGUUAUCGGAAGUAGUUUACAAUAAACUGUCCGACCGAUAUAUUUUACACCAUUUUAUUGUCAUGACAAGAAUUGCUGCUCUUCCAUCUGUGAAAGGCCGUCAGCAUUAUUUUCGUUCCGAAAGGAUGUACGAGUUAAUAUGUUUGUUUAAAGGUCACUCUUGCUUAUGCUUGUUUUAUAUAAAUUGACGAAGAUCUGCUGGCAGAGUCCUGUUGCUCUUUGACUUUGUAUCACUUUGUUUAAGUUUGCUAUUCAAUCAUGUUUGAGAGAAGUUUGUUCCUCUUGUUCAUUGCUGGCGUCCUACGGUAUUGUGUUGUGGCGCAAGAUCCGAUUGUCUUUGGUAGUUCUUCAUCCGCUAUGACAACAAGUACACAAAAUGGUAUGUCCUGUUGUUGUGUUCCAACGGGUAGUUGUCCACCUUCUAGUGGUGGCAUUGAUAUUCGAAUAGUUACUCCGACUUCCAAUUGCAAUGCUGGACAAGUAUACUGCUGUUCAUCUACUUCUGGAAACUUAAUUGACGGGAACUGCGGUAUUAGAAAAAUCCCUGUAACCGCGCGUCGUGAUGGACAAGCUAGUUUUGGAGCAUAUCCUUGGCAAGCUGUACUUUUAACGAGCGGCAACGUUUAUGCUGGUUCUGGUGUACUCAUUACUCCAAAUCAUGUGCUCACUGUUGCACACAAAGUGGCUUCUUAUGUAAAUGGUGGUCUUAAAGUAAGAUUAGGAGAGUGGGAUGCAACAUCUACAAGUGAACCUAAUCCCUACCAAGAAUAUUCAGUUCAAAGAAUAUCCAUACACCCUAAUUAUGACUCUGUUAAUUUAAGAAAUGAUGUAGCAAUAAUAACUUUAAGUGGUACUGUACCUAUCUCAAGUAGUCCUAAUAUUAAUACUGCCUGUCUUCCUGUGGCAAUACCUGCUAAAAAUACAAGAUGUUGGGUGUCAGGAUGGGGUAAAAAUGCCUUUGGUGCAAAUGGAAGAUACCAGAGUAUAAUGAAAGAGGUGGAUGUACCCAUUGUUGAUCAAUCAACUUGUGAAACUUCUCUUAAAAGCACCAGUCUUGGACAAAAUUUUAUUCUCGAUCAAAAUAGUUUCUUAUGUGCUGGAGGAGAAACUGGAAAAGAUGCAUGCACAGGUGAUGGUGGUUCUCCAUUAGUAUGUAAAUCUGGCAAUGAUCAGUGGCAAGUUGUUGGACUGGUAGCAUGGGGUAUUGGUUGUGCAACCAGUAAUGUUCCUGGUGUCUACGUAAAUGUCUAUAAUUAUGUUCCAUGGAUAACACAACAGAUCACUGCAAAGAAAUAAUUAUUAUACGAUCUUCAACAAUGUUCAUUCAUGUAAACCAAUGAUCGCAUUCUGUCGUAAUACAUGAGUGGUGAGUAGC